AAUCAUCCUGUCAGGACGUGGGACACAGAGCGGGAACAGCUUGCUCCAAUACCACUCAAUGGACGGCAUAGAUAAACUCGGACUCUCCACAGCUUUAGCAAAGGCACGUAAGAGUUACCAAGAAGGAGGGAUCCCGAUUGGCGCCGCCCUUGUGUAUCACGGAUCUUCAACAGAUCCCAAAGACGCAAUUGUUCUGGGAUGCUCGCACAACUCACGAAUUCAGAAGUCAUCGGCUACGUUGCAUGGAGAGAUAGCUGCGUUAGAGGAUGCAGGGAGACUGAAAGCACAGGUGUAUAGAGGAUCCACGAUGUACACGACCUUAAGUCCUUGCAUUAUGUGCACAGGCGCAAUCCUACUGUACAAGAUUCCACGCGUUGUUAUCGGAGAGAAUGAGAAUUGGGUGGGCGGAGAAGAGUUACUGAAAAGCCAAGGCGUUGAGGUUGUCGUGGUUGGCAACGCCGAGUGCAAGGAGCUCAUGAGGAAAUUCAUAGUCGAAAAGCCUGAGGAAUGGAACGAGGAUAUCGGUGAGAUCCAGUAGAAAAGUUGUCUACACCUGCCUGAUAAAAUGCAUACGUCCG